GUUUUGUUGUUUGGAUUUCUCAGAGUCAUCGUUGCUGUUAGCUUUGAGCUCCGCGCUUCAUUCUGCCUCUUUAUUCACUCAGUGUUUACAGGAAAUUAGUAUAAAAUGCCGCUGGAGAAUCUGGAAGAAGAGGGUUUACCUAAAAACCCGGACCUGCGCAUCGCUCAGCUCAAGUUUCUACUCACACUGAAGGAUCACCGGCAGGACGCAAACAUUCAAACCGAACUCAUGGACGCCAUCCGCACCAACAAUAUGGCUCCAUACUACGAGACCUUGUGUAAAGAGCUGAAGUGGACGGUGGACACGGACCUGCUGAGUAAGAUGAAGAAGGCAAACGAGGAUGAGCUGAAGCGUCUGGACGAGGUUUUGAAGGACGCCGAGAAGAACCUUGGUGAGAGUGAGAUACGGGAUGCCAUGAUGGCCAAAGCCGAGUAUCUGAUCAGGAUUGGAGACAAGGAUGGAGCCCUGACUGCGUUCAGGAAAACCUACGAUAAGACGGUUGCACUGGGACACCGUCUAGACAUCGUCUUCUACCUGCUGAGAAUCGGCUUGUUCUACAUGGACAGCGAUCUCAUCACCCGCAACACCGAAAAAGCCAAGAGUCUGAUCGAGGAGGGCGGAGACUGGGACCGGAGGAAUCGGCUGAAGGUCUAUCAGGGUCUGUACUGUGUGGCUAUCAGGGACUUCAAGCAGGCCGCCGAGCUCUUCCUCGACACCGUGUCCACAUUCACCUCCUACGAGCUGAUGGACUACAAGACCUUCGUCACGUACACCGUCUACGUCUGCAUGAUCGCCCUCGAGAGACCCGACCUGAGAGAGAAGGUGAUUAAAGGCGCCGAGAUCCUGGAGGUGCUGCACAGCUUGCCUGAUAUCCGUCAGUAUCUGUUCUCGCUCUACGAGUGCCGUUAUUCCAUCUUCUUCCAGUCUCUCGCCCGCGUGGAACAGGAGAUGAAGAGCGACUGGCUGUUCGCUCCUCAUUACCGCUACUACGUGCGUGAGAUGAGGAUCUUGGCGUACAGUCAGCUGCUGGAGUCGUACCGCUCCCUCACGCUAGGCUACAUGGCGGAGGCUUUCGGAGUCGGCAAUGAAUUCAUGGACCAGGAGCUGUCACGAUUCAUUGCUGCUGGCCGACUGCACUGCAAGAUCGACAAAGUGAACGAGAUCGUCGAAACCAACAGGCCGGACAGUAAGAACUGGCAGUAUCAGGAAACCAUAAAGAAAGGAGAUCUGCUGCUGAACCGAGUGCAGAAACUUUCUCGUGUCAUCAACAUGUAACCUGGCGCAGGGAUUCAACGUUUCCGUCACGUCUUUCAUGCUUAUUUCAACACACAUCACGUCUCUGCUUGAUUUUCUUAUGUACAGUGUCUAAUAAACUUUUCACAGGGAAAAAAACGCCUGGUUACGUUCAAUCAAUAGAGCAAAAAGCACAAGCACAAACUCAUUUCUUAUAAAUAACAGUAUAAAUUACUUUUAUUUACAGAAAACCUGUUACAAAACAAAUAGACUAUACAAUCUUUAUCUUUAAAUAUGACGUAAAUCUAACCUACUAUGUUUGUUCAUGAAUUACAUAGCAGCCCACACACACAAGUCCAGCUGAUCAAAUGAUUCUGAUUAUGUAGAUUAAAAAAAAAAAAAAAAAAAAAAAAGAAGCUCAAAUCUCAAAUAUACACACUGACCAUCGUUUCUACGCUGCUUCUCCAAAGCUAUGUGUGUGUGUGUGGUUCACAUCCCACAUCUGUGCUGCUUUUAGCAAACGUGUCCGAAUAACCUUUCCGUCGAAACAUCGCCGGUGGAGCUGCAAGUGGAAUUCCAACAGCAGAAACUGAACGUUAAUCGCGAUUCAAUUGAAAAAAAAAAUGAUACAAUUUACAGCUUUUUAUUUGCUUUAUAAAACAGUUCCCAAGG